AUGGUCGUCUUAGCAGCUUCGAUUUGCACCCGGGGGGGAAAAGCUGUCCUCUCCAGACAGUUUCGCGAAAUGCAAAGAUCCAGAAUUGAAGCUCUUCUAGCAUCCUUUCCGAAGUUAGCAGACUCUGGAACUCAGCAUACGACGGUGGAGCAAGAUAAUGUGCGAUUUGUGUAUCAGCCGCUGGACGAAUUAUACAUGGUCCUCAUCACGAACAAGCAGUCCAACAUCUUGCAAGACAUCGAUUCCUUACACCUCUUCGCCCAGGUGGUCACUAGCACAUGCAAAACCUUGGACGAGAGAGAGAUUUUAAAGAACGCAUACGAAUUGCUCAGUGCAUUUGACGAGCUUGUCACGCUUGGGUAUCGAGAAAACCUUACAAUCAGCCAAAUCAAGACAUUCUUGGAGAUGGAGAGUCAUGAAGAAAGGAUACAAGAAAUCAUCUCGAGAAAUAAAGAGCUGGAGGCCACAGAAGAGCGUAAGCGCAAGGCAAAACAAUUGGAAAUGCAACGUAAGGAGGUUUCAAGGAGUGGUAGAAGUGCUAUACCAAGUAGGCCACAAUAUCCGACAUAUACACCACCUACACAAUCUGUUAAUACCGAAACCUACGAUUCAUACGAAGCUGCCAAGAAUAAAUCUUUCAAAGCUGGCGCACUGAAAGGCAAAGGAAUGCAGUUGGGGAAGAAGUCGAAAACUACAGACAUGUUUGAAAAGAUUCGUGGCGAUAUGGGUGCUGAAGUAGAGGAAAUCAUCUCGUCGCCACUUAUACCCAAUCAUCCUAUACCAGCUGCUGCCGAACAACCACCUCACACGUCAUCUGCAUUGGAUCGUGACGCCAUUCAUGUUACAAUCUCGGAGACGAUCAAUGCCAAAUUAUCUCGAGAUGGCUCACUCAAUUCCUUGGAAGUCAAGGGUGAUCUGAACUUGAGGAUCUCAGACCCUACGCUUACCAAGGUCAGAUUAGAUCUUGUUGCCAACCAGAGUCAUGGAGUACAAUUCCGCACACAUCCAAACGUCGAUAAGGGAGUGUUCGGUGGAUCUAAAGCCAUCCAGAUGAGCAAUGUCUCCAGGGGAUUUCCCGUCAAUAAUUCGGUUGGUGUCUUACGUUGGAGAGCUCAGCCUAAAAUUGAUGACACCAGUGCCUUGCCGAUUCAAUUCACCGUAUGGGUUGUUGGGGGGCAAGGCGAUCCUCUCAACAUUACUGUGGAAUACGAGCUUACUGGAGAGGAUCCUCUGCAAGAUGUCGCUGUUACCAUUCCAUACGCCUCAAGCGAGCCAGCAGUAUCUAGCUUUGACGCAACAUAUGAAGUCUCUGGGGAUAGCCUCGAGUGGACAAUCGGGUCUGUGGAUUCUUCUAAUGGAGCCGGCUCUUUCGAAUUCGAAGUACAAGAUGGGGAUGAGAAUGAUUUCUUUCCAAUGCAAAUCAAGUUCGCUAGAACAAAUCCUUACAUUGAUGUUGAUGUUACCAAUGUCACAUUACUAGAAUUGAACGAGGCCGUGGAUUUCUCGAAAGAUAUCAAGUCAGUCGCUGACUCUUAUUUGAUAGAGUAA